AGGGUUUCCUUUCACAGAAGCUGCUGCAGGUUUUUCUUUCUGGUUUUAGAACGUGCAUUUUUGCGCAGUUUCAAUUCAGGAGAAACCGCUUUGGGCUUCUGAAAAAAAAAAUUGGAGACAAGACUAAAUACGAAGAGGAGUAAGGUUACCUUUGCCCUGCUCUCAGGACGUCUUUGUAACUGCUGUUGUUGCUCAUGAAGAGUCUGCACAGAGGAAAAGAAAGAAGUAUUAAUAUUGCAGAAUUCCGUUGUAUGUUUUGAUAGCUCUAUGGAUCUUUGGUUAUGAGAAUCCAGCAAACCACUGCUGGAGAAGUAAAUGAGGUGCUUUCAGUUCUAGUUUUCUGCACAAGAAGUACCUCUUCUUUGUCUAUUAGCUUUGAACAUCAAAUGAAGGACACACCUCAUUUCAUAAAAAGAAGCACGUGGACCAUGGACCAAACUAGAAGCCCCCGAACUGACAUCUAUGUGUUCCACAGCUUUGGCUGCAACAGACACAAAGAUGAAGACAGUUCAGUGAUUGCACAGCCCAUGUUUGUCUUCAAGAAGGAACGACCUUGCAAGAGGCCUGCAGAGGAUCCAGUGCACAAGACUGAAAACGUUCCCAGUGGAUCCAGAAAACGUGCAAGAGCUUCAUAUUUUUCUUUUCAGUCCUCUGAGUCAGAGUCAUAUAGAGAAAAUCUAUGUUCCAAGAAACAAGCAAGAACAUCAUCCUUUAUCAUCAUCCCAACAUUUCCACCUUCUCAGCCAGUAAAGAAGAACAAUGUGUUCAUGACUUCGGGGCUAUUAGAAGAAUGUAUUGAUGUGAAAGCAACAGAACAAGAUUUUCCAACAAGCAACAGACAAAAAGAGGUUUUAAGGCCUGCCAGACUGCAGCCACCACAAGUGACUACAUACAGAAUAGAAAAAAAGAGAACUGCUGAAAAUCUUUUAGAGGAGAAUCAUGAAACAGAUAAUCAGAUGUCUAAAGAUACCUAUGCAUGGAUUGGAACUUCCAAAAAACCUCCUCACCCACUACAGAUGUCAAGUUCUAGCACAACACAUGACCGGUUACCCAAAGACAGAACUUUCUCAAACAGUGAGCAUUCUAGCUUUGUAUUUGGAGAAAAUAUAAUAGAAAGAGUUUUGAAGCCUGAGAAAUCCCCAGAAUUGCAGUCCAAGGAUGGGCAGCAUAUCAGUGAAAAGGAGCCCCUCUGUCCCCCAGAUUUCCAUGCCAUACCCCUGUGGGCAACACCUCAUUUUUCUAAGGGUUCAACGCUAGCAGAAUCAGCUGCUGCUUACCUAUCUAGCAAAACCGCACAAGGAUAUUUAUUGGAGAAAAUAGAAAUUACAACAGGAGAAGAAGAGGAACACAAUGUUUUGCAGAUCAACUGCAGGCUUUUUUUAUUUAAUAAAGCCCUGUUAUGCUGGACUGAAAGAGGCAGUGGUUGUUUGAGACUAAACGAUACCUCCAGUAAUCAACAUGGACUGCUUCAGUCAAGACUGGUUAUGCGAAAUCAAGGAAGCAUGAGGCUUAUUCUUAACACCAAACUGUGGACUCAAAUGGUGAUAGAAAGAGCAAACCGUAAGAGUGUGUGCGUCACGGCAACAGACCUGGAGGAUGGUUCCAUCAAAGUUUUCCUAAUACAAGCCAGCACAAAGGACAUUGAAUCACUCUAUGCAGCCAUCCAUCACCGUCUUGUUGCUCUGAGAAACUUUACAAAGCAGGAAUGUGGUGUAAAUCAAUUGGAAUACAAGCUGGAUGUUCAGCCAAUAUCCUGUGACAGUGAUGAUGAAGAGAAUGAAAAAAGAACUCCGGGGAGCAACAAUAGAUCAGACUUUUGAAUCCUUAAGAUAUGUUGGCAACCAGAACUGGACGCAGUAUUUGAGGAUAUUGCUGACAUCAUGCUAGCCCCAUCUCUUAUGAAGGAACCUUGGCAGAACUGCUGAAAGUUUCUGCUUCGUUUUAUUUAUUUUGACUUGAUCCACUUCGUUCUACUUAUCUCAUACAACAUAGAAUAGCAGGGAUGGAAGGGACCUUGGAGGUCUUCUAGUCCAACCGCUUCUCAAGUAGGAGACUCUAUGUAAUUCAGGAGAAAUGGUUGCCCAAUCUCCUCUUGAAAACCUCCAGUGAUGGAGCAUCCACUACUUCUGGAGGCAGAUUGUUCCAUUGAUUAAUUAUUCUCACUGUAAAGAAAUUUCUCUAUAUUUCUAGGCUGGAUCUCUCUUUAAUCUUCCACCCAUUUAUUCCUUGUCCUGCCUUCAGGUGCUUUGGAGAAGAAACAAAUGGUUGUCCAAUCUCUUCUUAAAAACCUCCAGUGUUGGAAGUGUUAUCUUCCAUGUAAGCUGAUUCUGGGUUGACCCCUGAAAGAUCUGUAGUUCAGUCUUGCUGUUCUUGCUCCCAAACUCAUCAUUUGCAAAAUUCUUUCCUGCCAUUCUAAAUUGCUAAUUUACAUACUGUGACUUUUGCAGUGGUGUAACAGAUAGAAACGAGUAGGUGCUCUUCUCAUCAUGCAGGUUCUCUGCAUUUCUUGAAUUUCUUUUCUCUGAAUGGCAUGCAGCCGUUGUAGUUUUUCCUCUCUUUUUUUCAGAAAAUUCCACAAUGCACUGAAUUAUUAUGGCUAAAAAUUGGUGGAGGGAGGUCUAUCCAUGCCAUUUUGAGCUCCUAAAUUAAAGCCAGGUUAUAUAUCUAACAGAUAAAUAAUUAGGACACAUAUGGUUAUUUACUGAAUUGACUACAUACUCAUUUUGGGUAUUAGUUAUUGUUUGAGCCUUCUUUCUCACUGUGAUUCUUUUUUUUUUUUUAGAGGCCUGGAGUGAUCCAUUGUUUAGCUAAUCAUACAUUAGCAGUGGCUUUGAAAAAUAGCCCUACAUUUUAUUCAAGCUCAUGAUAUUGCUGCUGGCUGUGCAUCAGCUGAUUUGGUUGAUUAGAACUUAAAGGAUUUCAGUUGAAACAGCUUCUAUUGUAAUCGAUGCAUUGGAUUGUUAAAACAAAAAGGAAGGGUCACAACAUCCUACAGACUAGCUGAUUUAUUGUGGCAUAAUCUAUAUCAGACUAGAAGCUAAUUUUAUCAGAUGAGUAGUAUGCCAUUCUCAUGUGAUCAUCAAUUACUUUUUGCCUAAAAAUUUAUUUAUUGUUAUAAUAAAUAAUUAUAUGUUAUUUUUAAAUGCUAAUAUAUGAAUGGACAUCUUUGGAAAAACUAGCAGGAGAGCACAUUCACAAUAUCCUCCAAGCCUCCAAGAAUUAUUUUCUUCCAAGUUUUGAACCACCUCCAGGGAUCAAUUCAGAAAUGCCUAUGUUCCAGAAGAAACUACUUUCUUCAUUAAAAUUCUUUUUGAAGGCAUCACCAUGUUAUUUGUUUUUAUGAAAUAUACAUAUGAUUUCAGCAUAGUUGUGCAGCAUAGC